GCCUUUUAAGUUUUUGCAUAAGCUCACACAAAGUUUCUUAAAUAAAGCUGUUUCUGAGGUUUCUACUAGUGCUACAAAUCGUUCAAAAUUUUUCAAUCGAUUAAUUGCUUAUGUUUACAACUAG